AUGGGUGUCACCGGACUCUGGACGGUGGUUCAGCCUUGUGCGCGGCCGAUCAAACUUGAGACUCUCAACAAGAAACGGCUGGCCGUCGACGCGUCCAUUUGGAUUUACCAGUUUCUCAAAGCCGUGCGGGAUAAAGAGGGAAAUGCGCUCCGUAAUUCGCACGUCGUCGGUUUCUUCCGCCGGAUAUGCAAGCUGCUGUAUUUCGGAAUCCGGCCUGUCUUUGUCUUCGAUGGCGGGGCCCCAGUCCUCAAGCGGCAGACGAUCGCGGCUCGCAAAAAGCGACGCGAAGGUCACAGAGAAGAUGCGACCAGGACUGCGGGGAAACUACUUGCGGUUCAGAUGCAACGAUCCGCGGAUGAGGAGGCAGCUGCGCGGCGGCGAAAUCGGAACCAGCCCCUGGAGAACGAGGAGCCCAUCCCCGAUGCUCCGGUAUACGUGGAAGAGGCUUUCAUGAAUGAAAAUGAGAAGCAACAAACACGCAAGUUCAAGAAGAAGGAUGCAUAUCAUCUGCCGAACUUGGAUGUCUCGCUAGAGGAGAUGGGCGCUCCCAAUGAUCCUCGAAUCAUGUCUCAGGAAGAACUGGAAGAAUAUGCACGGCAUUUCCACCAAGGGCAGGAUAUCAACCUCUAUGACUUUUCCAAAAUCGACUUCGAUAAACGAGUUAAAGAACGAAACGACCUAACGCAACGACUGAUGAAUAUCAAUGGUAUGAAUGGGGAAGAGGCGUUUUAUAAUUCUGGACAACGGAUCGCAGGCGAGCGCGGCAGGGAGUAUGUCUUAGUCAAAGAUAGCCAACACGAAGGCGGCUGGGUGCUUGGUGUAGUGGGGAACAAGGAGAUGGGAGAAGAGGAUAAGCCCAUUGAUGUCGACCAGUACGGGCUGCCGGAGCCAGUUUCAGAGUCUGAUGAUGCUUCGGAUGACGAUGAAUUCGAGGAUGUACCGAUUGAGGGUCUCAACAGGUUACCCAAGCUUCCUUUUCUGCAGGAAGGUGUCUUUGAUGAGUCACUUCAACAAGCACAUGAAGAUUCCGAUUUGCAAAAGGCACUUUUUGAAUCCACCACAAGUGCAAACCAUGCACAAAACGCCGAGGAUGAUGCCCUUUUUGUUCAAAAUGAUCAAAAUAUCCUCUUUGGCCGCCAACCCCAGGAAUCAGGCCUCUUCGAGGACGAAGAAGAUGACGAGCUCAAAAGAGCCAUCACCUUGUCCAUGCAGCCCAAUGAGGAUCAUCUAGAAGAUAUGCCUGACAUCUCCAUCAAUCAACCUAUUAAACCGGCAAUCCCUCCGGAAUCCCUGUCAAACCUCACUCCGGAAAGUGAUGACGAGGAAAUGGACUUUGCUGCUGCUGUGGCAAAGACAAAGGUCGUCAAGAGACCCGCGAAUCCUGAAAAUCCGUUUUCCGGCCCUCUUCCUUUCGAAUCUAUCACACUGCACAAGAAGGCCAAAGAUACUGGCCAGUCCCGGGAAGUUGAUGAUGAUGCGGGUGGUUUUGUGAAGGAACCUGCCCAGAAAAAGAAACAAGACCCUCUCCCCCCGUGGUUUGUUGGCGAGCGACUGAAUGAGGAUUUCAUCGUUGAUCCGACAUUUGAUACGACGGGAAAUGAUCAGAAGGAGGAAAAUCCUGAUCACCUGUUCCUUUCCAACCGUCGAUCACCAGAAAUCAUUGAUGUUGAUCAAAUGUCAGAGACAAAAGAGAUCAUUGAUCUCGGCGAGGAACCAGUUGAAACGCUGCCUGAGUCUGCAACAUCUACGGGUUUAAGUAUGCAAAUGGAUGAAGAGAAAACGAAGGGUGAUCUUUCUAUUUCUACGACAGGAUUACUGAACACACCAUCCCAGAUCAAAGCUUCUGAAAAACAGUCCCAAAAAGAACAGACACCUGUCCCUGAUGAAAUCGAUAUCCAGAACCCAACUUUCCAAGCCGAGCCCUCCCCAGAACCAGAGUUUGAAGAUGUUCUGGCGCAACAACCUACGGCUUCGGCUCCGGCUCCGGCUCCGCCCCCUGAGAUCACUGUGGCUAUGAACCAAUAUUCCAAACUCCAAGAAACGUCCACUCAGCCUGUGCUUGUGGAGGUAGAUGAUGACGAAUUCAGUGAUCCCGAGGACGAAGAGCUUCUGCAACAGCUUGCCGCAGAAGGAGAGGAGCACGUCCGGUUUGCCAGGACUCUCAAUUCCGAUAUUCUUCAGCAGGAUGCGUUCGACUACGAGCAAGAGCUGAAGCAGCUACGAACCCAGCAACAGAAGGAUCGUCGGGAUGCCGAUGAGGUGACGCAGAUCAUGAUCAACGAAUGCCAGCAGCUUCUCACUCUCUUCGGGCUGCCAUAUAUCACGGCCCCCAUGGAGGCCGAAGCGCAGUGUGCCGAACUGGUCAACUUGGGCCUGGUGGACGGGAUCGUCACUGACGACAGCGACACAUUCCUGUUCGGCGGCACCCGGGUCUACAAGAACAUGUUCAACCAGAGCAAAUUCGUGGAAUGCUAUCUGACAUCGGACUUUGAGAAGGAGUACGCGCUACACCGGCGCAAGCUCAUCAGCUUCGCUCACCUGCUGGGCAGCGAUUACACAGAGGGGAUUCCGGGCGUGGGACCAGUCACCGCACUCGAGAUUGUGACCGAAUUUGGCGACCUGGCCGAGUUUCGGGACUGGUGGACGCAGGUGCAGAUGGGGGUGACCCCGACUGACGACAUGCACCUGGCCUUCCGAAAGAAGUUCCGCAAGAAGGCGUCCAAGAUUUUCCUGCCCCCGUCAUUCCCAAACCCGCACGUCGACGAGGCCUACCUCACGCCGGAGGUGGACGCUGAUCCAUCACCGUUCCAGUGGGGGGUUCCGGACCUGAAUGGGCUGCGACACUUCCUGAUGGCCACCAUCGGCUGGAGCCAGGAGCGCACCGACGAGAUCCUUGUCCCAGUCAUCCGCGACAUGAACCGGCGGGAGCAGGAGGGCACGCAGUCCAAUAUCACGCAGUUCAUGCAGGGCCCUCAGGGGGCCGGAGCGUUUGCGCCCCGCGCCCGGACCGGGGGUCCGAGUCGCAUGGAGAAAGCGUUCGGUCGCCUGCGUCAGGAAGCACAGGGCCGCCGGGGAUCGGAGCCCUCGCGCCAGGCCGUGGCCGGGACGGAUUCGAACUCGGGCAAACGAGAGUCGUCCCAGCAAACCAGCACGGGUGCUGUUCAGGGGACGGCGAGUAAAAAACGGAAAACUCGCGGUUCCUCGUGA